AUGAAAAAAUCUGUAGGAAGCCACACAAAAUACAUCAACCUGACAUUCCUUGUCAUUCUGCAGGCUGGCUUCUUUUUUGCCCCAGCUGUCUCAUUCUCUUUUGAAAACUGCACAGUCAGUGGGAUUUUCAAUGACUCUAACAGCAUCAAGAUGCUUUGUUACAGCAUGGGCUUUCAAAAGGUUCCCUCACAGAUUCCUCCUGAUGUCAACAUUUUAGUCAUUGCAUUCAAUCAUAUAUCACAAUUCACAUCAGACGAUUUUGGGAAACUCCCUAACCUAAUACAUCUGAAUGCAUCCAACAACAAAAUCUCAAGGAUACAAGAUGGCUCAUUUAGAGAUUUAAAAAAUUUAAGGAUCCUUGAUUUAAGUGAUAACAGACUACCUGAAAUCUCUGGUGGAAUGCUGCAUGGCUUGAUACAGCUCUCAACACUGCGUCUGGAUGGAAAUCAUAUUAAAAAUAUUGAACACUCUGCUUUCAUGAACCUCGUUAACUUAAAUGUUGUAAAUCUUACAAAUAAUAAGCUGCAAAACAUUGAAAAAGUCCAGCCUGUAUUACACUCUCCAAAUUUAAAAGAACUAUACAUUGGAAGCAACAAUUUCUCUGUUUUCCAUUCACUUAAUUUAACUGUAAUUUCCGUAUCCAUGCAAAAGCUAGAUCUUUCUUCAAAUCCAUUUCUAAUGUUCAAUGUAACAGACAACAUUUUUCCUAAUCUUGAAUACCUUGAUCUCUCUUACUGUGGGCAAAAUGGAACCAUAGAAUGGAAAAUCACAAACAGGACAUUUUUCAGUUUUUUAAAAACGCUGAACUUGAGUGGUGUGUUCAUAACAGAAGAAGCUACAAGGGCGGUGAUUCAGUCUUUCCACGGCUUGUAUAAACUGAACCUAAACAACAUGGCAUGGAAGUUUCUAGAUUUGCGAAAUGUAUGCUCAUCUGAGCUAAGAGUGCUACGACUGAGGAACAACAAAAUCUCCACUUUAAAAGAUAACAUAUUUAAGCCUUGUUCUAGUCUCUCAGAGCUUGAUUUAGCAGGUAAUAAAAUUUUUUCAUUGGAGCCAUCAAUACAGAUGCUGCCCACACUGGAGUUACUUGACCUAAGUCGAAAUAAUAUCAAGACACUUACCUGCUUGGACUUUGCCAAUUUGACAGAGCUACGACAUCUUUAUCUAUACAGCAAUAAAAUUGGAACUGUGAAUGCAUGUCUGUUUAAAGACCUAAAAAAGCUUGAAGUGCUGAAAUUGGGAACAAACAAACUGUUGACAAUUGCAGAAACUUUCAGUCAUGGCCCAUCGAGUCUGAAAUACCUAGAGGUGCAGUAUAACAAAUUAAGUACAAUUAGAAAAGGAACUUUUAAAGGACUGCAUUCUCUUCAGGAAUUGGAUCUCAAUAACAAUCAGAUUGCUGAGAUUGAGGGCCACGCAUUCACAGGACUUGUAAACCUGACUAAAUUGUUGCUUUCGUCAAACUUUUUACAAGUGAAAACAUUAAAUACUCCAGAUGUGUUCUCAGACAUGCAUAACCUACAGAAGCUACAUUUGUUUAGUAAUAAGAUCUCAUUCAAAAGCCAUGACACCUUGAAACGUCCACCCUUCAUGCACUUGAAUUCCCUCGCUGUACUCUCUAUUAACAGCCAGCGCCAUGGCCUUAAAAAAUUCCCCCCCAAACUUCUGCAAGGCCUGAGUUCCCUUGAAAUGUUUUAUGCAGGAAACUUGAAUAUUCGUAAUCUGCCUUCUGACGCAUUCAACUCUACCCCCAACCUCUGGUUUUUGGACCUUUCCAAGAAUGACCUAGCAGACACUCUCUCACCAGAAGUUUUCCAUCCAAUACCGAGACUAAGCAAACUCAUUAUUUCUAAAGUCCAGCUUCAGUCCUUGGACUUCCUGUUCAAUGCAAGGCUUUCCAGGCUCUCAGUCCUGCGGGCCAGCAAAAAUGUUCUGGAUGUGAUCAACCCGACCUUGAUUCAGUCCCUACCUCAACUGAAGUAUCUUGACCUACAGAACAACACCUUCACCUGUGACUGCAGUAAUGCCUGGUUUCUCAACUGGUCUAUGCAAAACAAUGACACCCAGGUUAUUUAUCUGAGACAGUACACCUGCAGCUAUCCACCAGCCGUCAGGGGAAUGAGCCUGGCAGACCUGAAUAUUGAAUCUUGCAGCUUGGAUCUCGACUUUAUCUUUUUUACCUGCAGCUCUGCUGUGGUCAUCCUGACACUUGUCAGCUCUUUCGUCUACAACUUUUUACGAUGGCAUGUGAUCUACGCAUUCCACCUCUUUUUAGCUUUCCUUUAUGACAGCAAGAGGAAGCAGAAACAACAUGAAUUUCAAUAUGAUGCAUUCAUUUCAUACAAUGUUGAUGAUGAGUCAUGGGUGCUGGAGGAACUGCUUCCCAAACUGGAAGGUGAGCAGGGCUGGAAACUCUGUUUGCACCACCGUGACUUCCAGCCAGGAAAACCUAUCAUUGACAACAUUGUGGAUGGUAUAUACAGCAGCCGUAAAACUAUCUGCCUGAUCACCCACAGCUACUUAAAGAGCGAAUGGUGUUCCAGAGAGAUCCAACUGGCAAGCUUCCGACUUUUUGAUGAGCAGAGAGAUGUGUUGAUCUUAGUGUUUCUGGAGGACAUUCCCACUUGCCAGCUAUCUCCUUACUAUCGGAUGCGGAAGCUUGUGAAGAAGCGAACUUACAUCAGCUGGCCAAAACCAGGGGAAGAUACAAGAGUGUUUUGGCAGAAACUAAGAAUGGCCUUGGAAGCUAAAGAAAGUCCCAAUGCUGAGAAUCCUGUGCUCUCUGGCACAAAUGUAAAAUGUAAUUAA